UUUUUUUUUUUUGUUCUAUGUUGACUUGUAACGAAAAAUUCAACCCCCUCCUUUCAAUGCCUUUCGCAAUCAUUCAUUAUUGAUUGGCAAACAAUCUAUUAACGGGUUUUCCCAAUUAAUAAUUUUAUUUUAACGAAACCCCAUCCUCUAUUAUUAUUAUUACUUUACCAUUUACACGAUAUCCUAAAAAUAUUUCAUAUUCUUUAUUAAAUCCUUUUUUUUUCUCAUUUUAACGACAAAAUUAUUUUUUUCCCUUCUUAAAAUUCGAAUAUCACGAAUGGGAAUUAUUUCAUAUGUUGGUAGUUUCUUUGCUACACCCCCUCCAAAUCAAAAAUUUGCGGAAAGAUAUGUUCUUGUAACCGGAUGCGAUUCUGGUAUAGGAAAUUUGAUUGCAAAGGCUUUACAUAGGAGGGGUUAUUGCGUAUUUGCUGGAUGUUUAACCGAAACGGCGUUUAGAGAUUUUCUCGUUCAUCCAGCACCAAAUUUUCGACCAUUCUUGCUUGAUAUAACAAAAGAACAAUCAAUUCAACAAUGUGCAAGAAUGGUAUCUCAUGAAACUAAAGAAAAAGGUUUAUUUGCAUUAAUUAAUAAUGCUGGAUGUAAUGAAGGUUUCGCAUUUGAGUUCACUUCAGCUGAACAAAUUGAAAAAACUAUGGAAGUAAAUUUUAUGGGUCCAAUAAAAAUGAUUAAAGCUCUUUUACCUAAUUUAAGACAAAACAUUAAAUAUAAUAUGAAAAAACCAUCAAAAGAUCAGGAUAUUCAUCCAAGAAUUAUUAAUAUAACAUCUGUAUUAGGAAGAACUACAGUUCCAUUUUAUGGCGCUUUUAGUGCUUCAAAACAUGCUUUAGAAGCUAUGUUAGAUACCAUACGUGUAGAAUUAUUACCAUGGAAAAUUCAUAUAACUAUGAUUGAACCUGGUCCAAUUAAAUCAAGAUUAACACAUCCUGAUUUAGUAGAAAUUUCUAAAAAAUUUUUUUCUUCCCCUGAAAUUACUGAAAAUACUUUAACCCUUUAUGGGGAAGAUUAUAUUCAAAAAGUCAUUGAAUUUUGGCAAAAAAUUCAUUCCGGUCAAGAUAGUCCAAAAGAAAUUGUUAGAACUGUUGUUGAAUCUGUUGAAGUUGGUUUUCCAAAAGAUCGUUAUGUCGUUGGAACCAUUGCUAAAGCCCAAGUUUUAUUACAUAACGUUUUACCAAGAUGGGUAAUUGAUUUAGCUUGGGGAAGUGUUAUUAGAUUAGUUGGUAUUUGGCCAAAAGAGGUAAAAGAAUUAGAAGAUGGUGUAUUAAACGAUGAUAUUUCUUCUGCACCUGUUGCUUCUUCAAGUACUUCUUCAACAAACUAAUUUUUUUUUGGACUAAUCUUGAUAUAUGAAAAUUUAUCAAAUUAUGAUUAUUAAAUAAUAUAAAUA